AUGUCUCAUAAAUUUUAUAGCAUAAGUACAAAAGUGUCUAGUUAAGAUAAUGUGAAAAUAAUUAGAAUAUAAUCUAAUAAAAAUCAAAAAUCUCAUAAUAAUCUCAUCAAUCCAAGUAAGAUUGACCCUGAAACUUUGAGUCACCAGAACAUUCAAAUGAAAUCUUAAAUCAACUCGUUGUCAGAAGAAGUCUAGGCUUGGAAAUUAAAAUAUCAAUAACUCUAAAGAGACUCUGCCCAGAAUCUCAUGUUCGAUAAUAGUAAAACAUUUUUAAUAUCCCUGAAAUAAUAACUCAAAAAAUUGGAAUCAGAUUUUGGUGACAAGAUUAAAUAGAUAGAAGAAUAUAAGAAGAUGAUCAAUGUUACUAAAUAUUAAGAAUUGCAAGUUGAAUUAUUUAAUUACUAAUAAUAAGCCCUAUUACAGUAAUAGGAGAUAAAUGAUUUGAAGGAACAAUUAAAAGAGCAUUAGAAUCUCCAAAUAGAGGGUCUGUAUUAGAAACAAGAAAAGACAAUUUAGAAAAUAUCCAAAAGAAAUCACGAUCUUAAAUUAGAAAAUAUAAAUCUGAAAACUGAGAGACAUUUUUUAACUGGAUAAAUUGAAUCCUUAAAAACUUAAUUGAUAAUUAAAGACAAAGAAAUUAGAAGAUUAAUCUCUUUUUAAAAGAAAUUAGAGGAGAAUCAAUAACAUUAGAAUACAGUAACCAAAACAAGAUAAUAGAUCUUUAGAGAAUCUCUCGAAAAUGCUCAAUUACAAGAACAAUUAAACCAAUUAGAAUUUCGGUAUUCUUCUGACAUCAAAGAUAAAGAUCAAGAAAUCAGUGAUUUAAAACUUUAGUUGUUUGAAUAAGGAGAAUUAAGAAAAUAAUUGGAGAAAUUCCAACAAACUUCUUAAGAAUAAAAAAUUAAUUUGCUUGAAAUUCAGAAAGUAGAAUCUAGAUAAAAUUCAACUAGAAAAUUAAAAAUAUCACUUAAUAAUUCAGGGAUAUCAUAACAAUAAUAAAAUUAUUCAGUGCUAAGAUAAUCUAGUUAAUAAUAUAAAUAGAGUGUACAAAUGGAUUUAUCUAAAAUAUAAAAUACAGAAUUUACUAAAUAUUAUAAUGAGAUGGAUGAGAGUGAAAAAUAAUUAUCAUAAGUCAAUAAGUAAUAGAAAAAGGUUAUUCGAGUGAAUUUAUAUGAUGUGACUCAUUUCGGCUUAGAAAUCAAAUUUAAGUUAUUAAGUAAGGAGUUCUCAUUGCAAGACAUAGAAAUGUUAUUUGAAAAGUAUGAUUAAUAGAUUAAGAUUCAUGAGUUAUUAGAUUUGCUGCUCUAAGACCCAUUUAAAAUUCAGAGUUAUGAUUAAAGAAAACUCAUUGCGAGGUAUUUAGUAGAAGAUAACAACGAGGAUUAUGUUGUGUAUGACGCAUUAAAAGGUAAUGACACUUAAAUAGUCUUGAGUGUCUUCAAACAAUUAAUUGGGAAAUAUGAAUUGUUUACAAAGAGGGAAAUUAAUUCAAUAGAAAAUGAAUUGAAAGUACUUUUUGAGAGAUCCCACUUUUAAUUCAAUGAUUAAAUCUAAUAAUUAAUUGUAAAGAAGAAACACUUGAGACCUGGUUAAUGUGAAAAAGCAGAUUUUGAAUAAGCUAUCAAAUUUUCGGAAUUAAAUUUAAGUCCUAGAUAAUUGGAAUAUAUUUAUUUCCUUAAUUAUACAUUUUUCCAGGAUUUAUAGAUAAUUUAUUAUCAAAAUGUGAUGACUUAUUUUAAUAAAUCUAAAUGAAUUCAAUUCUAUAAACUAUCAAA